AAUAUAUGAGUCUAUGACCAUAACAUAACUAGUAGUCCUGAAUAGUCUGUAUUCAACUAGUGUAAUUCGCGUUCGCAGUUAAUUAUUUGAUUACCUGAUUGAAUUAGUGAAAUUUCUAUGAUGUCUUCUUCCAAAAGUAAAAAACCUCGAUCAGAUUCAACUAGUUCAAGUAGUAGCUCAUCUGAUUCUGAUAGCAGUGCAUCCAAUAAUCAUUACAAAAAGAGAAAACAUUCAGAUUCAAGUGAUUCAGAGAACGAAAGAAAUUCGAAAGUAAAAAAAGAACACAAGAAAAGUUCAUCAGCUAAGCAUGAAUAUAAGUCUGAACGACCUGAAAAGUAUAAAAGAGAUCAUAGGGAUUCCAAAGAAGUUGAUUAUAAAAAAAAUCAUCGUGAACAUGACAGUAAACAUAACAGAAGAAAUUAUAAUAGUGCAAGUAGAAGAAACACUGAAGAUGGUGAAAGAUAUAAGAGUGACAACAGAAGUGAUGAUAGAAGAAACACUGAAUUUAGAAGAGAGAGAUCAGGAAGGAACGAAAGGUAUAGAGAACGAAAUGGCUCAGGAGGUAAUAGAAGAAGCCCUGGGAGAUUCAGAGGUAGUAGGAAUAAUAGGAGUAGAAGUAAAUCUUUUGAUCAUGCAAAUGCAAAAUGGGGUAAAGAGAAAGUAGAUAACUCCGAGGGGAAACCUGGUGGUGAAAAGCUGAAACCAAAUUUCGGUCUAUCAGGAAAAUUGACUGAAGAAACAAAUACUUAUAAAGGAGUGGUUAUUAAGUAUAGCGAACCUCCAGAAGCACGAAAACCAAAACGUAGGUGGAGGCUCUACCCUUUCAAGGGAGAAAAAGCUCUUCAAACUUUAUAUAUUCAUAGGGAGAGUGCAUAUUUGAUUGGACGAGAGAGAAAGGUUGUUGAUUUGCCAGUUGAUCAUCCUUCUUGUUCUAAACAGCAUGCUGCUUUACAAUAUCGAUUGGUUCCUUUUACACGAGAUGAUGGUAGUGCUGGCAAAAGAGUGAGACCUUAUUUGAUAGAUCUCGAAUCUGCUAAUGGAACGUUUAUAAAUGGCAAGAAGAUUGAACCUAAGAAGUAUGUUGAGUUAUUAGAAAAAGAUGUUAUCAAAUUUGGCUUCAGUUCAAGGGAAUAUGUGUUGCUUCAUGAAAAUAGCAAAGAUGAAGCACAAGAUGAUGAUGUAAAAUUAGAAGAGGAAGAAGUUAAAAUCAAAAAAGAAGAACAUAGUUCUUGAAAAACAAUUGUACUGAUUGCUGAUUAUACUCUUAUGAAUCAAUAUUAUCUACUAUUCAAGCUUAAUUUGUAUUUUCUGUACAUAACUUUAUGUAAUAUAUGAAUAUUAAAAAAAAUUCCAAUAAAUUGUAAUAAAAAUA